CUUCCUGCAGCAGCUGUUGAAGCUCCGUGACCCUGAGGCCGCUGCCCGCAUCUUCCCGGGCUCUGUUAAACUCGGGAAUCGCUUCUUGCAGAUUCCACGUCUUGGCGGACUUUGCGAAGGAAAGCGGAGGUCGUGAUGGAGCUUGAAGAGGACCUUAACGGAAGAGCAGACAAGAAAUUCUCCAAGAUGGGCAGAAAGAGUAAAAAGGAGAAGAAAGAAAAGAAACCAGCUGUUGGCAUAUUUGGGAUGUUUCGCUAUGCAGACUGGCUCGACAAGCUGUACAUGGCCCUGGGAACUCUGGCUGCUAUCAUCCAUGGGACUUCACUUCCUCUCUUGAUGCUGGUGUUUGGACACAUGACAGAUAGUUUUACAAAAGCAGACACCGACAUUCCACCAGGUGUUACUAAUCAAAGUGAAAUCAACGGUACAGAGAUCAUCAGCAGCAUUCUGGAGGAAGACAUGGCCACGUAUGCCUACUAUUACACGGGGAUCAGUGCUGGUGUGCUCAUAGUUGCCUACAUUCAGGUUUCAUUUUGGUGCCUGGCAGCUGGAAGACAGAUACACAAAAUCAGACAGAAGUUUUUCCAUGCUAUAAUGAAUCAGGAGAUAGGCUGGUUUGACGUGCACGACGUUGGGGAGCUGAACACCCGGCUCACAGAUGAUGUCUCCAAAAUUAAUGAUGGAAUUGGUGACAAAAUUGGAAUGUUUUUUCAGUACAUAACAACAUUUUUAGCUGGUUUUAUAGUAGGAUUUAUAAGUGGUUGGAAGCUGACCCUUGUAAUUUUGGCUGUCAGCCCUCUUAUUGGAUUUUCGUCUGCUAUGUGGGCCAAGGCAUUGACUUCAUUCACCAAUAAGGAACUCCAGGCGUACGCAAAGGCUGGAGCGGUUGCUGAAGAAGUCUUAGCAGCCAUCAGAACUGUGAUUGCAUUUGGAGGACAAAAGAAAGAACUUGAAAGGUACAAUAAAAACUUAGAAGAAGCUAAAAAUGUUGGAGUAAAGAAAGCUAUCACAGCCAACAUUUCCAUAGGUAUUGCGUACUUAUUGGUAUAUGCAUCAUAUGCACUGGCAUUCUGGUAUGGGACCUCCUUGGUCCUCUCAAAUGAAUACUCUGUUGGACAAGUGCUUACUGUCUUCUUGGCUAUAUUAUUUGGUACUUUUAGUAUUGGACACAUCGCCCCAAACAUAGAAGCCUUUGCAAAUGCAAGAGGAGCAGCCUAUGAAAUCUUCAAGAUAAUUGAUAAUGAGCCAAGCAUCGACAGCUUCUCAACACAGGGUCAUAGACCAGACAAUGUUUUGGGAAAUUUAGAAUUUAAAAAUGUCCACUUCAGCUACCCAUCUCGAAGUGGAAUUAAGAUCUUGAAGGGCCUCAACCUGAAGGUGCAGAGCGGACAGACGGUGGCCCUGGUGGGCAACAGUGGCUGUGGGAAAAGCACCACUGUCCAGCUGCUGCAGAGGCUCUACGACCCCACAGAGGGCGUGGUCAGUAUUGACGGGCAGGACAUCAGGACCAUCAACGUGAGGUAUCUGCGGGAAAUCAUUGGCGUGGUGAGUCAGGAACCUGUGCUGUUUGCCACCACGAUCGCUGAAAACAUUCGCUAUGGCCGAGAAGACGUCACCAUGGAUGAGAUCGAGAAAGCUGUCAAGGAAGCCAACGCCUAUGACUUCAUCAUGAAACUGCCCCAUAAAUUUGACACUCUGGUCGGUGAGAGAGGGGCCCAGCUGAGUGGGGGACAGAAACAGAGAAUCGCCAUUGCUCGUGCCCUGGUCCGCAACCCCAAGAUCCUCCUGCUGGACGAGGCGACGUCAGCCUUGGACACAGAAAGUGAAGCCUUGGUUCAGGCUGCUCUGGAUAAGGCUAGAGAAGGCCGGACCACCAUUGUGAUAGCUCACCGCUUGUCUACAGUUCGCAACGCUGACGUUAUUGCUGGGUUUGAUGACGGUGUCAUCGUGGAGCAAGGAAAUCAUGAAAAGCUCAUGAAAGAGAAGGGCAUUUAUUGCAGAGUUGUCAUGAUGCAGACUAGAGGAAAUGAAACCGAACUGGGAAGUGAAGCUUGUGGUUCCCAGAGUGACACCAGUGUCUCUGAAUUGACUUCAAAAGAAUUCAAAUCCCCUUUAAUAAGGAAACAAACUUGCAGAAGCACCCCAGGUCCACAAGACCUAGAGAGAAGAGUCCCUGUGAAAGACGCCCAGGAUGAAAAUGUGCCUCUAGUUUCCUUUUGGCGAAUCCUGAAGCUAAACAUAACAGAAUGGCCUUAUUUAGUUGUUGGUAUACUUUGUGCUGUUAUAAACGGAUGUAUGCAACCCGUCUUUGCCAUAGUAUUUUCAAGAAUCAUAGGGGUUUUUACAAGAGAUGAUGACCCCGAAACCAGACGACAGAAUUGUAAUUUGUUUUCACUCUUUUUUCUGGUCAUGGGCAUGAUUUGUUUGGUUACGUAUUUCUUUCAGGGCUUCACAUUUGGAAAAGCUGGAGAGAUCCUCACCAAGCGACUCCGAUACAUGGUUUUCAAAUCCAUGCUGAGACAGGAUAUAAGCUGGUUUGAUGAUCAUAAAAAUAGCACUGGCGCAUUGACCACCAGGCUAGCCAGAGAGGCUGCUGAUGUUAAAGGGGCUAUCGGUUCCAGGCUUGCUGAAAUUACCCAGAAUGUAGCAAACCUCGGGACAGGAAUCAUCAUAUCCUUAGUCUAUGGCUGGCAAUUAACACUUUUACUUGUAGUGCUUGUUCCGCUCAUUGUGUCGAGUAGCAUUAUGGAAAUGAAAGUGCUGUCUGGUCAAGCUCUGAAAGACAGGAAAGAGCUAGAGGUCUCUGGAAAGAUUGCUACUGAAGCAAUUGAGAACUUCCGCACCGUCGUCUCCUUGACUCGGGAGCAGAAGUUUGAAAACAUGUAUGCCCAGAGCUUGCAGGUACCAUACAGAAAUGCUUUGAAGAAAGCACAUGUCUUUGGGAUCACGUUCUCCUUCACCCAGGCCAUGAUGUAUUUUUCCUAUGCUGCCUGUUUCCGGUUUGGUGCCUACUUGGUGGCGCAUAAAAUCAUGACUUUUGAAAAUGUUAUGCUGGUAUUCUCUGCUAUUGUCUUCGGGGCCAUGGCAGCUGGGAAUACCAGCUCAUUCGCUUCUGACUAUGCCAAAGCCAAAGUGUCGGCAUCGCAUAUCAUCACGAUCAUGGAAAAAGUCCCUUCCAUCGACAGCUACAGCACCGAAGGCCUGAAGCCUAAUUGGUUGGAUGGAAAUGUGAAAUUUAAUGAAGUCGUGUUCAACUACCCCACCCGACCCGACAUCCCCGUGCUCCAAGGGCUGAGCCUGGAGGUGAAAAAGGGUCAGACAUUGGCCCUGGUGGGCAGCAGUGGCUGUGGGAAGAGCACCGUGGUCCAGCUGCUCGAGCGCUUCUACGACCCCAUGGCCGGGACAGUGUUUCUAGAUGGCAAAGAAGUAAAGCAACUGAAUGUCCAGUGGCUCCGAGCACACCUGGGCAUUGUGUCCCAAGAACCCAUCCUGUUUGACUGCAGCAUCACCGAGAACAUCGCCUAUGGAGACAACAGCAGGGUCGUGUCCCAGGAAGAGAUCGUGAGGGCGGCCAAGGAGGCCAACAUCCACCAGUUCAUUGAGUCGCUGCCUAACAAAUACAACACCAGAGUAGGAGACAAAGGGACUCAGCUGUCUGGUGGGCAGAAACAACGUAUCGCCAUAGCGCGCGCCCUCGUCAGGCAGCCUCACAUUUUGCUUCUGGAUGAAGCAACGUCAGCUCUGGAUACAGAGAGUGAAAAGGUUGUCCAGGAAGCCCUGGACAAAGCCAGGGAAGGGCGCACCUGCAUCGUGAUCGCUCACCGCCUGUCCACCAUCCAGAACGCAGACCUGAUCGUGGUGAUUCAGAAUGGCAAGGUCAAGGAGCACGGCACCCACCAGCAGCUUCUGGCACAGAAAGGCAUCUAUUUCUCCAUGGUCAGUGUGCAGGCCGGAGCAAAGCGCUCGUGAACUGUGACCAUGUAAGAUGUUAAAUAUUUUUAAUAUUUGUAUUAACACACAGCAUUUAACCAAAGCUUAAAAAGGUGAGCACUGUUGAGGGUAAUUCUGUCAAGAUGACAGUCCUCAGAAACUUCGUAAUUUAAUCAAUUAAUAUUGAAAAAAUGUCAUUUAACUGGGGCAGUGUUUUUAAUUGCAUCAUGUGAAACAUAAAAGUACUUAAAAGAAUUUUUAAAAAUAAAAUGUAUAAUUUUGUUCCAGGUUUUAAUUUCACCCCUACUUUGUUAAAUGAUUAUGAAGGUUUUUUUUUAAAAAAAAAGCACUUAAAUAUUCUAUAAAGUGCCUAUAAAAACUAAAUUUUCAUAUAACUGGAGUCAUCUUGUCUGUCAUGUGUAUGAAUUUAUAUAUUCUCCUAAAUGGUAUGCUGCAAAUAAUUUCAGCUUUCAGAAAAUGGAUUUUAAGAACCUGUUUAUUUUCUGUGGAUGGUUAAGUGAGUUAAGUAAUUUCCAUUCAGGAUGCCUUUUUAUAUGAAGCCAAACAAAGCUACCUGUUUAGCUGCUUCCUGGACUUGGUCUGCUGGAUUUUAUAUUGCUGUUGCUGGUGGAUCUCACAGAGCAGCAGACAAUUUUGGGAAGUGGAGGGAGGUAUAGUAUGAAGUAUGAAUUGUUCAAGAAUAACUUUUACUGCCCUAAUAAUGAGCUCUUCAAUGACUCUUAUAAUUUUGUAAAUUUAAUUACUCUGAUAACACUGUUACUGGUUAUUAAUCUCUUCCAAAGCUGGCCUUUCUGAUCAGAGACAUCUAAAAUGUGCUAUGAUUUUCAGGCCAUCAUGGUACAAACACGAAAGCAAGAAAAGAUCACAGAAGCUUAACCCUAACACAGGGUAAAUGCAAGUAAGAAUCACAAGUUCUAGGGCCAUAUUUAUAGGUAAUUGGUAUCUUUAAUAUAUAAAGUGCUCAUAAAAAGAAAAAAUCUGGGGCUGGGAAGAUGGCUCAGUGGUUAAGAGCACUGACUGCUCUUCCAAAGGUCCUGAGUUGGUUUGCCAGCAACCAUAUGAUGGCUCACAACCAUUUGUAAUGAGAUCUGGUGCCCUCUUCUGGCCUGCAGGCAUACAUGCAGACAGAGCACUGUAUACAUAAUAAAUAAAUCUUAAAAAAAAAAGAAAAGAAAAUCUGUGAGCAAAUGAAAUGAUAUGAUCCAGUUGUUCCCAAUGAUAAAUGAAUGACAAAAAAUGUUCAAUUUCAAAAAUAAAAAAUUGCAAGUUAAAGUAGCUGACUUGCUUAGUAAUACCCUGGUAAA